AUGAACGAAUACGAAAAAGCUCUUCAUUUCCUGGAAGCGGGAUGUGGUUGCGGUUGCUCGACUAAGAUGCCCAAAGAAGAAUUUGCUGAAUUGCGAGAAGACUUUCAAGCGCUUUCCAAACCCGAACAAGACAUUUUCUUAAUGGCUCAACUGAGAUCCAUGGAUGGGGGAGCGAUCAAACUGUUUACUGCUGAAAUCGUAACACUCCGAUUUGUCAAAAAACCUACCUCAAUAUGCUGGGAUUGGCCGAUGGUUAUCGAUAUUGACGUGGCUACUGCAGUCAGGAAUUUUUUGUUAAAUUAUGCCGAAGUUCAUGGCUUACCCAACCCAGUAAGAAAUGUUAAUCGUGUGACCCAAUCCAUUAUCUUCCUACCAGCGGAAAUGAGCUACAGAUCUGUUCACUGUGACUUUUUGGCUGGCUUAGAAGAAGAAAGUAAAUUGCGUGCCCUCAAGUAUGAUGCAUUCCGCAAAUUAUGA